GCCGCCAGGGGGCGGCAGGGGCGGCUGGAGGUGACAGCGGGAGGCCGCGCGGGAGGGCAGGGCGCGCGGACCGCGCUCUCGACCCGCAGACACCGCGCCUGAGCCGUGCGCUGGGCACUCGCUGGCCGCCCGCGCACCCGACACACCGGGGCGCAGCGGGAGCCCGUGCGGGGCGGGCGGCCGUCCAUGCGGCGGCGCUCGGGAAGCACGCGGGGCUGAGGAGUCGGCCGCUUCGGACUAGCCCAGGAGUUGAACACCACUUGAGCCUGUAGAAAACUGGGGACACCCCUGAGGAACCCGUGUCUUAGCCUGGACCUGCAGCAUCAUGGUUUCCUAUCUCACGAGCUGUCUCAGUGCCCUGAGCACCCUCCUGCUGCUGCUUGGUUCUCAGCUUGUCUGCCCGCAGCCUUCCACUGAACACAGAAAGGUCCCACAACGGAUGGCAGUGACCGAGGGAACCCCAGAGGACAGUGGCAGUGGCUCCCCAGGUGUGUGGGGCUCCUGGGGCCCCUGGUCUGCCUGUUCUCGCAGCUGCAGUGGUGGUGUGAUGGAGCAGACACGGCCCUGCCUGCCCAGCUCCUACCGUGCUCGAGGAGGCUCCCGGCCCAAUGGCCGUGCACUGUCCAUCACUGGCCACGUUGUGUCAGCCGUACGGACCUCAGUACCACUGCAUCGAAGCCAGGAGGACCAAAGAGCCCUGGCUGGCUCCAAUGCUAGCCGCCAAGGCCCUGCAGUGGUGCGAGGCAGCCGACAUCCACAGGCCCGGGGCCGUGAACCCUCAGAGAGAAGGAGCAGGACCCGAGGUCCUAUUGGCCCUGGCAAGUAUGGCUAUGGGAAGGCUCCCUACAUCUUACCACUGCAGACGGAUACCACGCAUACUCCACAGAGGCUUCGGAGACAGAGGCCUUCAUCCAGGCACUCCAGGUCCCAGGAGGCAUCUGCUUCUAAGCAGGGCUAUCGGCCACCAACCCAUCAGUUCUCCCACAGCCAACCUCUCUACCAGAGUGACAGUGGCCCUCGCUCUGGACUGCCACCUUCUGAGGCUUCUAUCUACCAGCUGCCCUUGACUCACGACCAAAGCUAUCCUGCAGCGUCGAGUCUCUUCCACAGACCGGAACUGAGCAGCCACCAUGGUGCUAGGCCCCACGGGGCAGCUCAAGCCUUUCCCCAGCAUCUGCGAUCAACAGCAAUCUCCUGCAUCGGGGCCUAUCGGCAGUACAAACUGUGCAACACCAAUGCGUGUCCAGAAAGUGGUAGAAGUAUCCGGGAGGUACAGUGUGCAUCCUACAACAACAAGCCAUUCAUGGGCCGGUUUUAUGAAUGGGAACCAUUUGCAGAAGUAAAGGGUAAUCGCAAGUGUGAGCUGAACUGCCAGGCAACCGGCUACCGCUUCUACGUCCGGCAAGCUGAGAAGGUCAUCGAUGGCACACCCUGUGAUCAGAAUGGCACGGCAAUCUGUGUGUCGGGGCAGUGCAAGAGCAUUGGCUGUGACGACUUCCUGGGAUCUGACAAAGUCUUGGACAAGUGCGGGGUGUGUGGAGGUGAUAACACGGGCUGCCAGGUGGUGUCGGGAGUGUUCAAGCACGCCCUCACCAGCCUGGGCUACCACCGGGUUGUAGAGAUUCCCCAAGGAGCUACGAAAAUUAACAUUACAGAGAUGCACAAGAGCAACAACUACUUAGCCUUGCGAAGUCGCUCUGGCCGCUCCAUCAUCAAUGGGAACUGGGCAAUCGAUCGCCCGGGGAAGUACGAGGGCGGAGGGACAAUGUUCACCUACAAACGACCGAACGAGGUCUCCAGCACUGCGGGGGAGUCCUUUCUGGCUGAGGGUCCCACUAAUGAGAUCCUGGAUGUCUAUAUGAUACACCAGCAGCCCAACCCAGGAGUCCACUAUGAGUACGUGAUCAUGAGGAAUAAUGCCAUCAGCCCACAGGUGCCACCACACAGGAGACCAGGAGAACCUUUCAAUGGGCAGCUGGAAGAGGAAGACAGAGGCCAGGAGGACAGAGAAGAGAGGGAGAAGAACCAGGAAAAGGAAGACUCACAAGUCGAGGCCCCUGAGGUAUUCACGUCAGAAUCCACGCAGACCUUCCCAGUCAGGCAUCCGGAGAGAUUCCCUUCCCACCGACCAGACAACUUGGUGCCCCCAGCACCACAGCCCCCAAGGCGAAGCCGGGACCACAACUGGAAGCAGCUGGGGACAACAGAAUGCUCCACCACCUGUGGGAAAGGAUCGCAGUACCCUAUCUUCCGCUGCGUGCACAGAAACACACACGAGGAGGUUCCCGAGAGCUACUGUGACUCCAGCAUGAAGCCGACCCCAGAGGAGGAACCCUGCAACCUCUUCCCCUGCCCAGCCUUCUGGGACAUCGGGGAGUGGUCGGAGUGCAGCAAGACCUGUGGUCUGGGCAUGCAGCACCGCCAGGUCCUGUGUCGCCAGGUGUAUGCCAACCGUAGCCUGACGGUGCAACCCUACCGCUGCCAGCACCUGGAGAAGCCAGAGACCACCAGCACCUGCCAGCUCAAGAUCUGCAGCGAGUGGCAGAUUCGGACCGACUGGACCUCGUGCUCAGUGCCCUGUGGCGUGGGGCAGCGGACCCGAGACGUGAAGUGUGUGAGCAACAUCGGGGACAUGGUGCAUGACGAGGAGUGCAACAUGAAGCUCCGGCCAAAUGACAUCGAGAACUGUGACAUGGGGCCCUGUGCGAAGAGCUGGUUCCUCACAGAGUGGAGUGAAAGGUGCUCAGCGGAGUGUGGGGCAGGAGUGAGGACACGUUCAGUGGUGUGCAUGACCAACCACGUCAGCAGCCUGCCGUUGGAAGGCUGUGGGAACAACAGGCCAGUGGAGGCUACGCCGUGUGACAAUGGGCCCUGCACAGGCAAGGUGGAGUGGUUCACUGGCAGCUGGAGUCAGUGUUCCAUCGAGUGUGGCAGUGGGACACAGCAGAGGGAAGUGAUCUGUGUUAGGAAGAAUGCAGACACCUUUGAAGUGCUAGACCCUUAUGAGUGUUCAUUCCUGGAGAAGCCCCCAAGCCAGCAGGCCUGCCACCUCAAGCCUUGUGGAGCUAAAUGGUUUAGCACAGAAUGGAGCAUGUGCUCCAAGAGCUGUCAGGGCGGAUUCCGGGUGCGGGAAGUUCGGUGUCUCUCAGAUGACAUGACCCCAAGUAGCCUCUGCGACCCCCAGUUGAAACCAGAAGAGAGAGAGUCUUGUAACACUCAGGACUGUGUCCCUGAAGUUGAUGAAAACUGCAAGGACAAGUACUACAACUGCAACGUGGUGGUCCAGGCACGCCUCUGUGUCUACAACUACUACAAGACUGCCUGCUGUGCCUCUUGCACCCGAGUGGCUAACAGACACGUGGGCUUUCUGGGGAGCCGAUAACACACCUGCACUCCUGGGGUUACAAGCAGUGCACCCGGCUGGCUGCUGCUCUGCCAGGGACCCCACUCUCACCUUCAUAAAGCCACAUGGUAGCCAGGAUGUUGGAAAGCCAUGGCUGACCCUUUGAACACUGCCCUGUCCUGAUGACGAGAACUUCCUUGGGACCUGGCGCCUACUGAUGGUGCCUUCUGAAAAUCCAGCAUAGAGCUCUCAUCCCAACUCCAGACCUGCCGUCAUCCAGGGCAGCAGCUGGACCCCUGACCAAGCACAGCCUCCUUCCUGGUGCUACUGGCCUAUCCAAAAUUAGAACCCCUUUGGAAAGUCAAGAGAGGGAAACACCCCAUCCUGCAGCAUCGACAAACCUGUGCACCCCUGAUACCUCAGCCCAGCUGCAUCUGUUGCCAUUCUUAAAGACAAGAGACAGUUCCCUGUCUCCGGACAGAGGUAUCUCACAACAGAGUGCUUUUUUGUUUAGCAGGUACACACGUUCUCUGACAUUAGCUCCCUGGAGGCUGCAGCAUCGCAGAAUGGGAGGCAGGGGGUGAAUAUGUGCUCCCACUUUACUAGCAAGGAGACUGAGGUCUACUCACAUAACUGAGUUGCUGUUUGGGAACAAGGCUAAGUGCCUACCCCAGAUGGUUAAGCACAACCUUCUCCCCACAGCACCUUCAACCUGGGCUCUUUCCAGGGCCUAUAGUCUGAAGGAUGAAUGGGGCUUCCUGUCUGACCAGGAGGCUGAGAAGUUUCUCAUUCUAUGAACAGCCCAGGCUUCUGAGACCCAUCCUCUGUCCCCAAGUGCUGCCUCAAAUGAGUUCUUUCAAGAUAUCUGCACCCCUGUCCCCCUUCCCUCAGCCACAACUCCUGCUGACAGGAAUCUGGUGUUUGCUAAGUUCCAUUCUUAACAGAACUGUCCCUGGAGACAAGAGAGCCAUGGGGAGAGCUGGCCAGUUGCCAGGGAUUCUCUGGGCCGUUCUGGAACUGGAACAAACUCCCACAGGCUCUUGUUCUACCAUCUCUCCUGGGUUCUUCAUGGUACCACCUCGUGUACAGCCACGCCAGUUAAACCAGCAAGAUGUCCGUAUUGCAAUAGAAAGGGUCUUAUUUGAGCCUGUGGACUGUCUGGAGUUUCUAUCUAGUGGUCUCGCAUCGCUCCCCUCCACUGUGACUCAUGACUCUUUCUUCCCACAAGCCUUGACCAUCGAGACUAACUUUAAUGCUGCAGGUCUGAGAGAAGGAGCUAGGAAGCCCUCCGUAGCUCUGCUGACUCACUCUGCCCAACUGUAAUUCCAAAGGCCCAGGCCUGAAGGGACUCAGUGUUUAUUGAAAGGUGAACCAUCCUGGGGUGCCAGGGACUGGGGAGAGACAAUUAGGAGAAGUCUUUUUUCUUUCUUAAAAAUUGUAAACUUACAGAAAGGAUCUUAUUUCGGGUCCUGGGCAUGUUUCCCUUAAAGAAAGCACAUACUCUUAGCAUACGAUCUCUCCAUGAAGCAGCCUGCACUAUGACCGACCGCUCACGGCUGUGGGGAUGGUAUAAGCUGUCCGGUCUGCACUUCAUGAGGAUUCCAAUGGCCUCCACCUUUUGCAAGUGUCCCCUCAGCCUUUGUCUCUGCCUGAGAAGCGAAGCACUGCUUCCAUCCGUAAGCAGCCCACCUCUCCUGUGGAGCAGGAGACACACAGCCCAGCAGAGACCGCACUCGCCAUGCUAAGCACAGAGAGAAGCCACCACAUGAGCAGCUUCUAUCCAGUUCCCUGCCUGUCCCUCUCACUGUGCCUCUGCUUGUCCUGGGCAGCUUUCCCUCUAUGCAGCCAUUCUCAGAUCUUGCUGGACAAGCCAGACAUUUGAAGGAUUCCUUGGAAGGUGUUUGUGUGCAGGCCGGAUCUGUGGGUAAAAUGCAGGCUGGCGUCAGCUCCAGGAAAGGAAGGUGUUCUAGCAACCAAAGCCACCCAACAAUGGAUGGUCACAGGGCCUAAAGGACUUCUCUGUGGAGGGUGAGCGCUCUGGUCCUUCAAAUUCACAAAUUCUCAGGGCUGGGCUGGGUUAGUGAUGGCUUUGUCUAUCCUAUGUCUCAGAUGUCACCACACAGUUCUUAAGAAGGACAAUGAUCCUCUUGUAAGUGAGUGUAGGUCAGAGAAAAUGGGGCAGGCUCUGGUCUUUAGGCAAACACCAAACUAAACCAAACAAAACACCACCAACAAAACUAGAAAACACCUCAUCUGAGUUCAGGGGAUUUUUUCCCAGGGAAAUCAGCUGUUCCUGAGAGUUCAGUCCCAUUGAGAAGGUUGCAGAUUUUUAGAAUGGGGCAAUUAACUACUUUGUUUAGAAGGCCAAUCUUGCAAAGGUCCUGGUUCCUCCUUCUGUCCCCUACAUAGCCUCCUCCGUACACUGUGUGGGCAGUGUGGCCUUGGGAUCCCCACUGAUUACCAGGGAUGGAUGCCUGUCCCUGGAGAUGGUGCUCUAUAUGCCACCUUCUUCUUGGGCCUCUUCACAUUCCCUUCAUUGGCUGUGGUUUGGAACUGAAAUUAUAUAUUUCAAUAUUGAUUUUCCUCUGGUGUGCCAGCUGGCCACAUCAUGCUCUCUGAAUGAAAAAUUAGGUAAAUUAAAGCUACUGUGUAGCCUUUCUCGACAAAAGUCAACAAAGCCCCAAAUGAAAAGCGUGUGCUGUCUCCCUUUCACUGGAAAACAAAACAAAACAAAACAAAACAAAACAAAACAAAACAAAACAACCUUCCUUUUGAGCUUCUAUUGAGUCUCUAUUUCCCUUUACCUCUCAGGGCAGGCUGGGAAUAUGCUAUCUGGCCGCUAGAGGGAGUUCCCUGCUCAUAGCCAGGCUCAGCCUGGCUAUGCUCAGCCAGGGGAGCUUGUCAGCCCAGGACUUCUGUUCCGCCUUCCCUCCUUGCUUUUAGCACACAUCAUCUAUUUGUUCUCUACUCAUUUACACCCAAACUUCUCUUUUUAAACAGUGGCUCUCUAAAGGACUGAGAAACGGGAGAUGCUAGAUUAAUUCGUUGUGUGGUAUGGAGAAAUCUAGAUAUGGCUAGCACCUGCCCAAGAUAGUCCCCUCGUUUCAUUAAUAGCUGUCUUAGUGUUGACACUAUAGAGCUUUCCUAUAAGGAACAAAAUGAAACAAAACGACGGUCACAACAGGGUGAAUGAUCUGUCAGCCCUGCAGGUGGAGGCCAGAUCCUUGCCAGAUAAAACAUUUUGCACAUAGCUUAGAUGUCUUUGAAGAAAACUGGCUGAUGUCCUGAUCUUGGAGAGCCAAUAGCUAGGGUAAGAGGGAUCUGAAAAGAUGUUAUAAAAACCCUGACGAGAAGGCCUGUAUAUGUUUCAACAGUUCCCUGGGAGGUGGUGAAAGUCCUACCUUUGGAAUAAAAGAAUAACUGUACAGUUGAAAGGUGCUAGAGAAGAAUUCCAGCUAAGUUCAAAGUAAAUCAAAGAGUGGGAGGAAGCAUUAGAAUAUAAAGGACCCCUGGACUCGCAAGUUAGCUCAGUCAGCAAAGCACUGAAGAACUGAGUUGAGUCUCAGAACCCACAUGCAAAAAGCCGGGCGUGGUGGUACUCAGUUGUAAUCCCAGCACUAGGGAGGCAGAGACUGAGAGGAUCGCUGGGGCUCACCAGCUGGCCAGCCCCACCUACUUGGCAAGUUCCAGGCCAGUGAGAGAUGGUGUCUCAAAACAUGGUGGAUAGCACCUGAAGAGCAACAGGUGUCCUCUGACCUCCACAUGAACACACACACACACACACACACACACACACACACACACACGUGUGUAAGCCACUCCACAAGCCACCAAGGCCACAGAGAAAGCACGGGCGAGGGUCAAGCUGGUGUCUGUAGGAAGACUACUGCUCACAGGUAACAUUUAGAUGGGGUUUCCCAAUCCUGAUAAAAGAGGACAGCCUGUCGGAGACAGUGUGAGGAACUUGUGAGGUGGGAUAUCUGCGGAAGAGACACCCUGAGAGCCCUCUCAGGAGUCAGAGGGAGGAAGUUGAGUGAAACAGGUUGUUCCUAUAGAAUGGCAAGCUUUCUGCAAGCACCUUCUACGGGGCAGGGAUGCUGGAGAUGAUAAGCAGCUGAGGCAGGAUGGCACUGUGUCAGGAUGUGGGGAGAGGCUCCCCAAAGUGGAACAGCUCUGAGUGGCUCAUUCAUAUCCUUCCUAACUGCUACUACCUUGCUGCCAUUUGAAACCCAUCAGUGCCUCUUCCUGUAAGUUGUGUGUGCCGUCAUAUGGCAGCCACUGGCAACCCAGGCAGAGCCAUCCCCCUGUGCCUGCUUCACAGAGGGACAAACAGGCAUGGGGGCAGCUAACUGCCUGCCUGGGGUCACAACGCUCCACCGAGGCAGCCUGGACUAGCCUGGGCUAUUUGUCUCCAAUCCCUUUUGUAAGAACAGGCUGCCUUCCUGAGGGACUGUUUGCCGACAAAGAGCAAUGGCUUUCUACCCCACACGGUCCUUUAUCCUCUGAAUCGUUGUUCUGUUGGGAUCCGUGCUGUGCUGUUCUGUGGAAAGUGGCCCCAAGAAUAUAGAAACUCCCAGCCUUGUCAGAUGAUCAGCCCCUGCCUCAGUGGACAAAAGUCCAUUCUGUUACAUCCACUAACUCCCACCUUCCUGAGCCCCCCAGCUCUCCAACAUAAGGAUAUACUUUGCUAUAACUUAUUAUUUUGUUCCCUGUAAAUACAAGAUGUUUAUAGGAAAUAUGUAUUCUGAACUAUAUCUGCAGAGUGGACUGCAACACCAGAAUAGUUCUGUUAUUUAGAAUAUGUGCAUUGUAAAGGGACCUAAUAGGUAUUUAUUUACAUAUGCCAUCCACAUUUACAUAAAAUUGUUUGAUUGGCCAAGCCAGCUUCCUGGCACAUUGCUGCACCACAGUGUCUUAUUCUAUGUCAAUCCUUACAGUUGUUUAUAUGGUAAUUGGCCAAACUUUUGGGGGUUUAAAACAAAAUAUAACUAACUCCGCUUUUGACGUAUUCAGGGGCUCUCCCCCUGGUAUUGUGCCUGACUAAGCCUGCCACCUUUCUGUCUUAAAUAUACUUUCUCAUAUGAUCUGCCCUCUCCUCACACCCAAACACUUGGAGAAGGAAAGGUGACUAGCCCUUCUCGUCCCUUCUCAGUGUGGCUGGCCGUUAGCUUCACCCACCUCAUUGCUCAGGUCAGAGCUGUGGACGCCUUGGGCUGAGGGACUGGGAGAGGCUUGGGGGCACACAGCAACCCCAGGGUCCCUGCUGGGGACUGUGGGGGCCAGGGCCUUGAGGAUGACCAGUGAACUGCAGAAUUAAAACUGAGAAACCCGAGGACACCGCCAGUUCCGUGUCUCCUCUGCAGGCUUAAGUUAUUAUGGGAGGGGGGAGGCAGGUAGACGGUGAAUUAUAUGAGCAAAUAUGAGCUGGUUUCCAGCACUAUUUUGUGUACAACUAAUUUAUUUUCAUUGUAAAAAUAUAAUAAAGUGGUUAAAAGAUCUGCUUA